UGUUGACAGUGCAGAGCUCUUCCCUGGCACCAUCUAUUCUGAAGAGUUCCAUGCAGGUGCCUCAGGAUGGAGAGGAUCUUGCUAACCAACCCUGGUACUGUGGCCCCCUGUCCCGCCAGAAGGCUGAAACUCUUCUUCAGCAAGACUGUGACUUCCUGGUUCGUGCCUCUGGUUCCUGUGGGGGCCACCCUGUGAUCUUCUAUUGCUGGCGGGGCUCAGUCCUACACUUUGAGGUGUUCCAUAUGGCCCUCUUACAGCUGGAGGAUGAGCAAUUUCCCAGUAUACCUGCCCUGGUUUGCAGUUAUAUGACCAAUCGGCACCCCCUGUCCCAGGCCACAGGGGCUGUGGUCUGCAGGCCUGUGACUUGGCAGGGGCCUCUGCAGUACAGCCUUAGUGAGGACACCCUCAUGGACAGCACAGCUCAGAUACAGCCUCUCAGGUACUCACUGAAGUGGAGCAACAGUCAGCCUGCAGACUUGGUGUAUAUGGGGCGGUCAAGAGAAGACCACUCUGACCCAGGAGCCUCCACUAUGCCCAUAGCUGGCCUGCCCCAGACAGGCAGUGACCCGGUAUUGCUGAAGGCCUCAGCUCUCCUCAGGACUGUCACCAACAGUCUCAGAGCUUCUGAUAGGCAGCUUCAUGCCAAGGCACCAAACAAGCCCCCCUGGACACCCUCUGGACAACCCCCAACAUACUGUGAGCUUGUGCCUAGAGUGGUUAGUGCCCAGGAAAUGUCCCCUGGUCAGAGCUGGCCAGAGCCAGAGGCCUUGUGGUGGGACGAAGAGGAGGAAGAUGAAGAGAAGAGAUGUUUUGUAAGACCACAGGCUGAGGUCUAUUUCUGCCCCCAUGACACUCCCUCCUACCUGCUGAGCCUCCAGAAUCAGCCCCUGGAACCAGAGGUCCUGCAUACUCUCCGUGGCCUUUUCUUGGAGCCCCAUACUGAGAGCAUCACCCUUCACCUGCUAUUGGUGGACUGCCAGGCCACAGGCCCCCUGGGUGUGACCAUGCUUCAGCAAGCCAACAGGAGGGUAGCCUCUGGCCUGGAGCUGCUCACACUUCCCCUUGGGCAUCGCUUGAGGUUGGAACUGCUAGAGAGGCAUGAGACGCUGGCGCUGGCCGGGGCGCUGGCCUUGCUGGGCUGCUCUGCGCUGGAGGGACCCGCGGCUGCACUGAAGGGCUUGGUAGAAUUCGCACUAGCCCUGCGACCAGGGGCGGCAGGAGACCUGCCUGGGAUGGCUGCAGUCAUGGGCGCCCUGCUCGUGCCCCAGGUGCGUGGGGAGCAGGGAUGGGAGGAAGCUGGAGUGCAGGCAAUUGGGAAGAGUGGAGAGAAGGCAGGCUCAGGUGUCUUCCCCCAGGUGUCCGGGUUGGAGCACACAUUGCGCCAGCUCCGACGGAGCCACACAGAGGCUGCGCUGGCCUUUGAGCAGGAGCGGUAGCCGCUAAUGCGGGGUCUGGAUGAGGGCGAGGGACCCUGCGACCCCGGUGAGGUGGUGCUGCCACAUGUGGCACCUGCGGUGCGUCUGCUGGAAGGUGAGGAACUCGGGGAGGCGGGGGGAGGGGCGCUGAACGAGAGCUGCGAGCAGCUGCUGAGCACCCUACACGCGGCGCGGCACGGCACGUGGAUGGCUGGGGACUCGCCCAAAUUCCGCCAGGCAGCGGCCCAGCGCCUUCGAGGAUUCCAGCCUAACUCAGAGCUGAGAGAAGCCCUGACCACUGGCUGACCAGCGCCUGGAAAUUUCAGCAGGUCCUCAGCAUCCUGUCACAGUGGCUGAAGCCUGACUACUGAGGGCGCAGGCCCCCUUCACAGCCUGGACCUGAGACUUCUGGGGACCUUACACUCCUCACACAGCCAUAGAUUUGCAAGAAUUCCCUGCCUCCUAAAAAUGCACAAGAAUCCUGUGGGGGGGGGCAGGGGGGGCUGUAAGGCUAUCCACACCCCACUCACAGCUGCGACACUUAAGAAACCAGCAGUUGGGCCCACUGGGGUGACUCACAUCUGUAAUCCUACCACUCUGGGA